UCGAAAAGGACGUCAUUCUAGAUUCUUACAAGGAAAAAGUUUCAACAUAAGUCGAACAUAUUUGGAGAACUUCGCUUUGAACAAAGACUUCUCUGCUUUUCCAUCAAUUUUCUUUACAUUUCAGUUUUGGUUUUCAAACGACAAGACAUCCUGAAAGAUUAUGGGAAAUUAAUACGAUUUACCGUAACAACGCUAUAAAGUUUAUUAUCAGGACAUGGAUACGGUGAAGGAAUAUCUAGGAUACAUCAAUCCUCAUUGGGUAGCGGUGGUAGUAACAGGAAUGUACACUCAUCUUCGACAAAUUUGCAUAAUUGGCUUAUGUUUCGACGAAGAGAGUACUCCGUUCGAUCCGUCUUACGCGUCGGUGCUUUUCAUAUUUUCCGUAUUGUGCCUCUUAGCGGAAUAUAGACUUUGGCCUAGAACCCUUAAAGAACCACCAAUUCAACUUCUUUACAUUUACGAAAUGUUGGUUGCAGCAUUGACUACAAACUUAACCACACGUGCUAUCUGGGUUCCACUCAUGCACGUUAUCUAUUGUUUAACCCAAGAAUCCAGUAAAUGUUUGCUAUGGUUGAACACAGUAUUGGGAUUAAGUCGCUACUCGUUUUUAACUGAAUUUGCAUAUUAUAUGGCGAAAGAUUGUGCUGCAACGCAUAUGGCUUUCUGCAUGUCCGUAUUGUCGUUUGUUUGGAUGCUGGAUGCCACCGAAUCCUUGGACGCGAUUUUGGACACUUGGGCCAAGUAG